GCUCUUGCCGUGCAUAUCACAGCCGUCGCCGAAAGAUUCGUUCACGUCCGUUUCCCGCGCACAAAUACGCCGCCGUCAACGUGUCACCGCCAUGUCGUAUGAAACGCCACGGCGACACCAACGGCCGUGACCGACAGCUCGCCACGAUGACAGCUACGAUGCCACCGCUUGUGCUGGCACUUGCGGUGCUGCUGAUCGCCGCCGAUCGGGUCCGGUCCGCGCUCGACGGCGGAUCUGCGGCCGUCCAGCCCGAAGCGGCCGCCACGGCCGCGGGCGUCUGGUCCAAGUUCGGGCUGGUCGUGCAGAAGAACGCGGCCGGCCAGUCGACGCCGCACACGACCGAGACUUCCGGCAUAAUCAUCAGGGCUCCCGAUCCCCCGCUCCCCGGCGUCGGCCCACCGCUGGCGACGUCGGCCGUCGCCCCUACGGCCCUGGGCAAGUCGUGGACGCAGAUAUCCGUCACACACCCACCGCCCCGGUCUUCGUCACACCCGCCAGCCAAGUCCGUUACCACGACCACCGCCAAGCCUGUGAUGGCCACCAGCACGCACGAUGCCCGCCGGGACAUACCGUUCAGGUAUCAGCCGCUUAUGAGCACCACCAAGCCGAUGAUCACCAUCACCUUCCCGCCACCUCGCUUGUCCACCGCCCGGCCAACCAUCGGUACGCAGGAAGUGACCUCCAAGCGGGUUAGGCAGUACGAGGACGACGACGAUGACGACGACGACGACGACGACGAUGACGACGACGAGUACGACGUGGACGAUGACGACGAUCACCAGGAUAAAAGUGACGAAGAGGAGAUUGAAGAAAUCGUCGAGGUCCAACACAUCGACUCGUCCGACAAUUAUGUAGAAGAAAAACCAGCGAUCGUCAAAAAGAAACGCAGGCGGAAAAAGAAAGGCAAAAAGCACAAGCCGUUCAAGGUGAAGGAUUUCAAGAAACUGAAAAAGUUCAUGUUGCCACUGCUGUUGGCGUACAAGCUCAAGUUUUUCACGCUUGUGCCACUGAUGUUGGGUGGACUGGUGCUGAUCGUGGCCACCACUGGUUUUGCUGGAUUCUUUUUCGCGCUGUUCGCAGUUGGGCUGGGUCUCAAGGGACACCAUUGAUGAGUCUUCGAUAAAAUGGUUUGUGGCGUACGCGACGUCUUUAUACAACUAUGCGUCGCAUUGAAGACGUUCAGGAGGACGCAGGAUGAUGAAAUUGACCCGUCAGCGGAUACACAAAAUACAAAAAGAAAAGAAAACACGAACAAAAUUAUAUAAAAAAAAAAAAAAACAA